AUAUUUUGAAUAUAAAUACAUGAAGUCAAUGAUCCUAGCUUGGAAGAAUAAUAAAACAAUUAAGAAAUGAAGAUUUUGGGACAAUAUAGAAGAGCAAAAAAUCUGAGAAACUUUGUGGGGAUAUAUCGCCUUAAAUACAAGGGUCCAAUCAGAAGAGAGAGCGGGGGAUUUAAAGAGAGUCUACCAAACACACAGUUUCUUGACAAAGCCCUAUAGAAGGGUGAAACACGUAGAACUGUGAGUGAGAGAUGCAAAAGUUAGCAACAAGGCACCGGAAACUUUCCGGAACGGAGAACCUGACAAGGGGCAAAAAUAUCUGGAUAACAGUUAUAGCUCUGCGUACAGAGUACUCAAGAGCAGAGUGAUAUCCGCUCUGAGAACGGGAGACCGACCAGAGGAGAAAACGAUGAAUACUUGCGCAAGUAUAUCAGGUGCUGAUAUAGAAUGAUGUCGCGCUAACAAACAGCGGGGAAACUCCUAGAGGAAAUCGUCUUUUGCGGAAGCCCAGUACGACAAGCGAAAGAGUAACAAGGUUAGACUCACUACCUAAAACACACAAGGAGGAGAGACAAACACGUGAAUAUUUCAUAUCCCUCCUUCACUACAGGAAGCAUCAGACUGAUACCGCAAACUCCAAUAGUCUUAGACACCAAUGACUAUUCACAAACAUUGGGGAUAUCACAGCACAUAUAUAAAAGAGAUGUUGAAUUGGCAUGAACUGGGCAGCAAUCAUUAUGUACAGAGAGUAAUUUAGUCAUCAAACAAGAGGACAACAUUUAUGCCUUAUCUAGUAAAAUUAUUAUCCCCGAGGAUAAACCACACACAUUCACUCAGUUUUCAAAACAUAUUAAAGAAGGGAAAAGUCUACAGUCUAGCCACAUGAUUCAUACAAAGGAGAAACCUUUCAAAUCUACAGAAUGUGAGAAAAGCUUUAGAUGGAAGUCUACUCUACUAGAACACUACAAAAUUCACACAGGUGAGAAACCACACACAUGUCCUGAGUGCGGCAAAUGGUUUAAACAAAUGGAUCAUCUGAAAACGCAUGAAAGGAUUCACACAGGACAAAAGCCUUUCACAUGUACAGAGUGUGGAAAAAGUUUUACACAAAAGAGUGAUCUGAGAAAACAUGAAAGGAUUCACACAGGAGAAAAGCCUUUCACAUGUACAGAGUGUGGAAAAUGUUUUACACAAAAGAGUGAUAUGAAAAAGCAUGAAAGGAUUCACACAGGAGAAAAGCUUUUCACAUGUACAAAGUGUGGAAAAAGUUUUACACAAAAGAGUGAUCUGAGAAGACAUGAAAGGAUUCACACAGGAGAAAAGCCGUUCACAUGUACAGAGUGUGGAAAAAGUUUUACACAAAUGGUUUGUCUGGAAUAUCAUGAAAGGAAUCACACAGGGGAAAAGCCGUUCACAUGUACAGAGUGUGGAAAAAGUUAUAUACAAAAGAGUGAUCUGAAAAAGCAUGAAAGGAUUCACACAGGAGAAAAGCCAUUCACAUGUACAGAGUGUGGAAAAUGUUUUACACAAAUGGUUUUUCUGAAAAGUCAUGAAAGGAUUCACACAGGGGAAAGGCCUUUCUCUUGUACAGAGUGUGGAAAAUGUUUUACAGAAAAGAGUACUCUAAAAAAACAUGAAAGGAUUCACACAGGAGAAAAGUCGUUCACAUGUACAGAGUGUGGAAAACGUUUUACACGAAUGUAUUGUCUGAAAAAUCAUGAAAGGAGUCACACAGGAGAAAAGCCUUUCACAUGUACAGAGUGUGGAAAAAGUUUUACACAAAUGAGUCAUCUGAAAUAUCAUGAAAGGAGUCACACAGGGGAAAAGCCGUUCACAUGUACAGAGUGUGGAAAAAGUUUUACACAAAUGAAUAAUCUGAAAAAACAUGAAAGGAUUCACACAGGGGAAAAGCCGUUCACAUGUACAGAGUGUGGAAAAAGUUUUACACAAAUGAGUAAUCUGAAAUAUCAUGAAAGGAUUCACACAGGGGAAAAGCCGUUCACAUGUACAGAGUGCGGAAAAAGUUUUACACACAUGAGUAAUCUGAAAACUCAUGAAAGGAUCCACAAGGGAAGAAACCUUUCACAUGUGUAGAAAGUAGAAAAAAUGUUUUUAUUAAAGUCAGGUUUCACAAAACACCACAUAUUUAUACACAAAUAAACUUUAUAUACACAGUGUACAAACCUUUUUUACAAUUAUCCUAAAGAGGACAAACUCUAUAAAUAGAAGCAUCAAAAAGGAUGUUAUUGUAAAUAAUAUUUACUAAAUCCCAGUUAUAAAAGCCCCAGAUUGGAAGUGCUCUCCUGUUGUCCUUUGUUCCUCUAUAUAUGUGCACCUCAGUUUCUGUCAUAUCAGUGUGAUAGAAUUCAAACACCACACAGGAAUAUACAGAUCUAUCCCCAUACUGACCAGUUUACACAACCAUUCACCACCAAAGUACCCCCAGUGUUGCAUAUUAAUAUACCAGUGUUAGGAGUUGUAUGUUUGAUUUACAUAGGGGAGAAAAUAAUUACAUUUACAGAAUAAAGGAGUCUUUAUAUGAAUAAUGUGUUAGAAAAUUAUAUAAACGAGACCAUCAGUCUCAAAUGAUUGACAUCUGUGAGAUAUAUUUAAUGUGCACAUCAUGUGGAUAAACCUUUUCUUAUAGCAUAUAUGCUUAGCAUUGUACAUGUUAUAUACCAGAGGAAUUACUGAGGGGAAACUGAUUUUAUUUAAUGACACAAUAUCAGUAACUGGUACAUAGGUGAUCAUAAUCCAUUUAAUUUAAAUGGCUACUAUAACCUAUAUGUAUGUCAUGUUCUUUAACUUGAUAUUAUGUUUGUUAGAUGUUUUCAUGUUAGACGCCACAAUAACUGAUAAUAGCACAUACUGUAUAUAUAAAGGGAACAUUAUAUGUCUGAUAAUUCCCUUUGUAUCAAGAGCACAAUUGUUAGGUAUAUUUAUAACAUUGUGUGCAUAUAUCAUGUAAUGCAGCUUUUUACUAUAUAAUGUCAGUAUAUACCAGUUUAUAAAUAUAAUUUAUUUAUUAUUAUUAUUCUUUAAAAUAACCUCCAAAUACAAUGUAUAUAUGAAACAAUUGAAAUUAAUAUUCAUUCCUAAAUUCUUGAGAUUAGUUAAAUUUAUUAACACAUUGAAAUAUAUUUAUAUAGAAACUAGAAUAGAUUAUGAAUCGACUAUACACGCUUAUGCUGUUAUAAUAUUCUUUACAAAGUACAGGUAUACCCCGCUCAUACAGCGGGUUAGGGACCGGAGCCCCGCUGUAAAGUGAAAACCGCCUUAAAGUGAAACAAGGCAGUUUUAGAUUUCUUUUCAGUGUUUAAAAUCUUAAAAACAUGUUUGAACUAACAUAUAUUAGGGGUGCAAUAGUGCUACGUUUAGUUUAACACUAGCACAGCAAGUAUUCAAUUAGUAUUCAAUAAAUACUGUACCUGUAAAAUAGUGACAAUUAUUUAGCACUGAGACACAGAUUGUACUGCAAUGCAGUUAACAGAGUGAACUAAGCAUAGCAAAAUGGUGCCAGUCACUUUUCUCGCAAUCUCACAAUGAUUUACAGCACUGUUUCAAAAUCCUUGGAGGUUGAACUUCAGCUCUACAAAGCGCUGUAUUAGUGAUUCGCUGUAAAGUGAAGCGCUGUAAAGUGAGGUAUACCUGUAAAUCAAAAAUAUAUCUCUAAAAUGGACCUUAAUUACAAUGAAUCACCUAAAAAUAUCACAAUAAAAUACCAGUAUCUUCUAUAAUUAGCCAAUAACUCUAAUUCAAUGCCCAAUAUGGAUUACAAACUUACUAUGCUUAAUUUACCAUAAUCAGAGAUUUAAAUAUAAUAACCAAUUUUGAAAUAUGUCACAAUAGCUGCAAAUAACUUGAUAAACACCAGACCCUGACUUAGAGAUAUGAAAUACAAAAAAACUUUAUCUAGCAAAUAAGAUUACUUAGCAUCAAUAUGACUAGUUGUAAACUACACAGGAUUAUGGACAUGAACUUAAAGUACAAAGUGCCCUUUUAAAUCACAAGCUUUAAUUAAACUAUAGCUAUAGAAUACCUUUUGAUUUAAAUAUAAAAGUAUUAAACAUCCUUUAUACGUUAUAAGUUAAACCAAAUUGAAGUUUCAGCUUUCAGAAUUUCUUAUGGGUCAUCUAAGAAGAAUUUAGUCCAAUAUUGUAAGGAUAUAGGCCUCAAAAUUGUUAUCUUCCUUUGUCCAAGAAAGUUUCCCGAAAUGGCAGAGAAUAUACUUGGCACAAAACCUGUGUAUUUUUUUCUCCAAAAGUUAUGCUUCUUUGAGUCUGUGCUGUCUUAGUGUGUGUGUGUGGGUUCUUAUGCAAGAUAAAGAAUCCCUCCUUAUUUUCUUUAAUCAUUCCCACAGGAGUUUGAUAGGCCCUCGGAGUUUGUCUCUUUGAUAGGCCCUUAACGGAGCUUGCCCCUGAUUGGUUCUGUUAAUGUAAACAUCUCAUAGGCUAUUUGGGAAAUGUAUAGGCUCCAACAGUCAAUUCGUUUGGCUGUCAUACCAGUUUUAGUCCUGUAGGGGGCGGCAGACAACCAGAAAUGCAGUUUCAUCAUCAAUACUGCUACAGCUUAAUAUCUCUCCUUAAAAUGUUUAUUCAUUGUACUAUAAUUUCUUGUAUCAGCAAGCAAUGUGUCUGAUGCACAUGGGACUAUAUAGUGCUAUUUUAUCUAAGUAUGUUUAUAUUAAACAUGAUAUAUUUCUCAUGAUAUUUUAGAAGAUGCCUUUAAAGUCGCAUUUGAUUAUUAUCCCAUAUUAAUACAAAUACAGUUAUUUGAGUAUGUUAAAUAGAUUUGAAAAUUAUAGACAAAUCCAUUUAUAUGACUUUUUAAGUAUACAUUCUGCUAUUUAAAAUCUAAGUUGUCACCAAGUCUGGUAAACAGGAGAUCCUGUGUAUCCAACUCAGCAGGGGAUAAUCAACCUCUUGUAUGUAAAGUGGUUCCCCCUCAUGAAACACCUGUUUAUUUUGCAUAGGCUUCAAAGAGUUCAGUUCCAGACUGUUUAUCCACAGGGGUUAGUUAUCUGAUAACUUUUAUUACAUAGAGGAAAGAACCUCUGUUAAAAUGACAUAUUUAGUUUUACAAGUGUUUGUUAACUUACAAACAUCCUGGGAUUCAGAGCAUAUCUUCCACCAGAACAUAGAAUAUUGUCUCUAUCACCCCAGGGGUCUGUGCUGAACUAAUGAGACAAAUGUUCUCUUUUGAACCCUUUAGAUGUGUAAGUUAGAGAGAGGGGGGGGGGUCUGCUGUAGUUACAGCCAAAUCAAUUUAUAUCAGGUAGAUAUUAGCUCAAUGGAAUUAUUCUAUUAUGUGACACAUGCACAAUUUAUCUAAUGUCACUCAGCAAUACCUUGACAAUAAUUAUAUGUAAUGUUUUUUCAUGCAAAUAAAAAGUGAUUGUAAUCCAGAAAA